UAGAUCUGUCAGACGGCCGUGCAGAAGUUUAGGACCCAACCAGGGAACAAUCCAGCAUGUUUUACUGCAGCAGCGGCGGUUCCGAUCCGCUGAACAUGUCUAAAAGCGGCAUCCUGAGAGGAAUCAUCACCGAGAAGCUGAGCACAGCCGCCCGGGAGAUCUUAGCGGUGGUGGAGAGGACCGUAGCCGACUACGAGGAGGAGGCUUCGGGCUUCAGGCGGGAGAUCGAGCGGCAGAGGAGGCAGCUGGAGGUGCUGCAGCCUCGGAUCAAGCUGCCUAGAAGAGAGCUGCUCCCAGAUCUGCAGAGCCACGAGGAGGUGGUGGUUGGUGAGGAGCAAGAGGAGCAGCAGCUCACACAGAGCACAGGCGUGGAGGACUCUGGCAGUCUGGACUUCCUUUGGUACGGCGAUAAUGACAAUGAAGACGACUUUCAACCCGCGACUCAGUUGACGUCGCGAUCCAGACAGAGGCGGCGGGAUCUGAAGGACCCAGAUUAUGAAAUAACACCAAGAGCCCGACCAGAGAAGAGGAGAGUCAGCAAACCUCUGAUCAGCGACGCCCAGGACCACCUGGACUUCAGGGUCCGGUUGCUGGACGACCCGCAGAUAGAGGUGCUCUCCAACGUCGUGUUCCAGAAGUGUCCCAUUCACGACCUCCGUUGUCGUCGGGAUCUGCAGGAGUCCGACUUCCUGGACCUGCUGAGGUCCACCUUCCCUCGGCUGGCUGCAGGCGAAGCUUUCGACCUUUUCAUGACUGACAGACACAGGAGGCUGCAGCCGCUGAUGGUCGGCGCUCUGACGCCAGAGAACAUCUACACGUCCAUCAACUCCACCGGACACUCGGCUCUCUACAUCCGCCUGAAGACGGCCGUGGAUCCUCAGAGCAGCAGCAGAGAUCUCUCGCCUCAGCCUGGAGACGAGCAACUGGUUCAAGGCUCUGCCACGCCAUCUGCUGGUCAACCUGAGGAAAACACGAGUGUUGUCAGUCAGCCUCAGAAGAGGCGGCGUGGUAGGCCUCGGCUUGGCGAGGAACCAACUCACCACUUUCUCAGGAUAUGCGUCCUGGAGGACCCUCAGUCAGACGCUCCGUCAGAACCUGAGCUGAAGAAGUCGUCGGUGCAGGAGCUGAAAUGUCCUCGGGGUCUGCAGGAGGCGGGCUUUUUGGACCUGCUGAGGAUCACUUUCCCUCAGCUGGUUGGAGACGACAAAAAAAUCCACAUGUACAAGUCUGACCGCAGCAGGAAGCUGCAGAAGCUCAAAGUGAACGCCCUGACACCGGAGGAGAUCUACAAGAGCAUGAGGUCCACCGGGAUCAAAAAGUCUCUCCUCUACAUCAAGCUGAAGGCGGCAGGAAGUGAGGACAGUGAAGAUGAAGAGCAGGGCGGUCUGCUGGUAAAAGACGAACCUCAGCCUACUGACUGUGUGGCUGUGGAAGAUGAAUCUGCACCUCUUCAAAGCCCUGGGGAGUUAGACCGCAGCAGAGAGCUCGUGCAGCCAGACGAAGAAGCAGCUGAGAGCGACGCGGGAUCCGGAGGUGGAAACGAGGCAUCAGGAGAAGACGACGAGUGGAAACCCAAUCCUGAAGAUUCUGAUGAUCUGGAAGAUCCUGAAGAUCCACAGUCCAAGAGAGCCAUUAAGAAAGCCCCGAGGAGAGCCGAGGAGAAGGGCGAGGGGAGCAAGGCCCCCUGUUGGGUGUGCGGGGUGUGGUACAGGACAUUGUCAAAGUUUGCCAGACACGCCUGGACCCAUGUGCACGACCCAAAAAGUGUUUGUGGGGUGUGUGGAGAGAGUUUCGAUUCUUCAGAAGACCUCAGGGGGCAUCUUAAGAUUCACCAAAAUACCUACGAUUGUUCAUACUGCGGCAAGGCCUUCUUCACCACCGCUGGCCUCAAAAACCAUGUCUCUCUGCACACGGGAGAGCGCCAGUUUAAAUGUGACACUUGCAGCAAAGCCUUUCCUCACAAAUCCGCCCUGAGCAUCCACCGCUGGGUCCACGUGGAGGACCGGCCACACAAGUGUGACACGUGUCCAAAGUCGUUUGGGCUCAAAGGGCAGCUGGUGGCUCACAAGAAAUGUCACGUCAACAGGGACCGAUACCUCUGCAACAUCUGUGGACGGUCCGUCUUCGACCUGAGGUCUCUGACUCGCCACAAACUCACCCACUCGACCGAGCGCCGCUUCGGCUGCAAAGUCUGCGGGAAGCACUUUAAACUGGAGGGUACCCUGAAGGCGCACGAGAAGGUCCACACCGUCAGGGACCGGAUGUACCUGUGUCACGUCUGCUGCAAAACCUUCCUGUCCAACAACACCCUGAUGGCUCACAUGAAGACCCACAGCGACGAGCGGCCGUUUGUCUGCAGCGUCUGCACCAGGAGCUUCAUCACCAAGUGGGACCUUAAGAAACACAUUCGGGUUCACACCGGGGAGGCACCGUACGGCUGCACCAAGUGCGGCCGCCACUUCAAGCUCAAGAGCACCCUGAACGUUCACAUCCGGAGCCACCUCGGCAUCAAGCGGUUCAGCUGUGGGGUUUGCGGCAAAGCCUGUUCCCGACAGGAGCAUCUGACUGUCCACAUGAGGACCCACAACGGAGAGAGACCCUACCAGUGCUCGCUCUGUGACAAAGCCUUCACCCAGAGCCACUGCCUGAAAACACACAUGAAGAGCUACCAUCCUGAAGAAAUCCCUUUACCACAGCCGUCGACUUCCAGCCUUCAGCCGCCGGACCCUGAGUGAAAAACUUAAUAAUAACCCAAUAAUAGGGUACGAAAGUCUAGUAUUUGACAAAAACAAGCAUUUUACCAUCUCCGUCAUUGAUUUCUCAGUAAUGUUGGAGUAAUGUUUUGCUAUCAUCUCGUUAGCGUUGCAAAGAGGUCAGUGUCAAUCUCCAGGUUUCACCGGGUAAAGGUCGGAGUGUAACUUGGAAAGAGUAACGGGCCAAUCACACGAAGGAUCCAAUUUAAACAUCAAAAUCUGAUGUUACAACAAUAUGGCUGUAUUAUUUAUUCAUUUUUUAUUUUCUUUGAUGGAUCUAUAUUACCUUUUUCUGUGUUUUUGUCAUAUCAACACAAGACACUUAAAAGAUUCCAACUGUUGUUAUUUUACAUCGACCUUAAUGAGGUUUGCCUGUUGUAUCGACAGCAAAAUGUCAUCAGGGAUUAUAUUGCACCAAAAAACUUACUUCAGACCAGAAUCGGCUGAUUUUUCACUUAAAGUGGGUAAUUUGUUCAACGUAGCUCUUAUCUAAUAAUCUUAGUCUCUGUCAUGGAGGAUAAUAGAUUCAGAAAUGUUGGGGGGGCUUUGUGAUAUACAUAAAGGGAGCUGUUUAUAGUUACUAAUGCUAACGCCGCUAAUUAUGCUAACAGCUAGUUUCUUUAGGCUGUUCCUAAAGACUUUAAAAUAUCACCUUUUGAAAUCCAGUGUUCUUUUAAACUAAUACAUUUUACUAAAGAUCUUCUCUGUAUAAACUCUUCUUGCACACUAUGGGACGUCACCUCUGCUCCUAAUGGAAAUAUGAUCUUUUACUAGCUAGCUCUGUCUAACUGGGAAUCUCUUAAAUGCUAAUUUAGACAAAGCUGUUGUAUAUUUUGAUUGUUUUUGUCACCGUUGUCGUUUUAUACGUCUUCCUCCAGAUUACUCAUACUGGGCAUGUGUCAGGUCCUUCCCACCAGCUGUGUGUUUUGGACCCACUUUAACAUCAGAUACAUUGAAACUCGUAGUCUUUUGUCAGGAAUUCUGGUUUUACGGCCCCAGAAUUGGGUAUAAAGCCACAGGGGGUCACUCACGGUUAUCAUGGUUCCAUCAGGGGCUGUAAUUUCUGUAUUUCAUGAAGGUCUGCUGGUCCAAAUGGCAAUUAUAAUCACAGUAAUUGGAAAAAGAGUGAAAUAAAAAGUGUUAUUAACAAAUAUACAAGUGCAUUAUACACGAAUGGAGCGUGUAUUGUGCUAAAUUAAUGAAACUGUAACAUGAAACAUCUUUUACACACUGAUACGAAAGGGAAGUCUGAAGGGAUAGCAGCAGUGGUCCCACAUGUUGGAGUGUUUCUAAUGUCAUUGGAUUAUCAGUGAUGCUCUGUAAUCUGUUUAUGAGAAACUGUUUUAUUUUGCCACUAAUCUUUGGACAAAAAAGUAUUGAUGGGUUAAAAUGUUCAAAAGAAGUCGAUCUCUGUAAUCAAUGCCAUAUUAAAUGAGCCCCUGCUGGAAAGUGUUGCCCUCUGAACGUUUGGCUGUGAGAUUUGCUCCUGGCUUAUUUUAUUCAAUAACGGUUUGUUGGGAAACAAUAAAAACCUAGAACCAUACAGGAACAGGAUCCCAUAAGCAGUGGUAACAUGUAGCUCUGAUCAACUAGAAUAAAAUAAUGAUGGUAGGGCUUUUCACGCUUAAAGCAGAAUAUAGUUUUUAACUUUUCUUUCUACUAGCCAGGCUUCUCCACCUUAUUUCAUGAGUUCUGUGAGCCUUGACAUUGAAAGCUGGUCAGUUUUCGUUUCUGCUGACAUUAAACCUGAUCUGUAUCGAGCUGUCAACCUUAGGUUCUGUCUCUUUUUGUAUUCACCUGUCUAAAUAAAAACCUAAAUCAGUCAAA